ACGUUAACAGCGAUCCUUCGACGUCAGCCAUGUUGUUGCUGUUGCACACUGAGCUGUCAGCAACAGGUUACUUUGAGGAGCAACGCUGCUAAACUUGGACAUUUAUACCACACAUUCUGCUCUCUUCGGAUAAUAAACCUUUGCAGUGUGUCCGGGAACAAGUCCCCAAGUGGCGGAUGAUACCUUCAGUGCCCCCGGAAGCUCGGAAGUUGGUGUUUUUCUGGUCGUUGUGAGAGAGUGACACCCCUGCCCUGUCCUCGCUGCAGUAUUGACUGAUGACUGGGCUGUGACUGUGUGUUUUGCAGAUGGCUACGAGCGGUAGCUGAGGACGCCGUCAGGAUUUCCCCCCCUCUCUGCCUCUGCCACCUGCAAAUAUGAAUGGUGGUCCAAGUGUAUGGGCGAUCUCUCCUGAGGAGAGGCUCAAACAUGAUCAGAAGUUUGACACCCUCUCCCCAUCAAUGGGCUUUGUCUCAGGGGAGCAAGCCCGGAAGUUUUUACUCCAAUCAGGGCUGCCUGCUGCAGUUCUGGCUCAAAUAUGGGCUCUGGCUGACAUGAAUAAAGAUGGGAAGAUGGACAGGUUGGAGUUUUCCAUCGCCAUGAAGCUCAUAAAGCUUAGACUCCAGGGCACACAGCUCCCCUCAGCUCUGCCAAUCAUCAUGAAGCAGCCUCCAGUGCCCGCCCCCACCCUCAACCAGCGCACCUCAGUCCUGUCCAACUCAGCCUAUGGAAUGGCUUCUGGGUCCAACAUGAUGUCCGGGACAAACCUUGCCAUGUUGAACCCUAUCUCCAUGGCAUCUCCUGGACUCUCACACUUGACACCAAUGACAGGCCUCGCCCCGUUGGUUCCUACGGCAACAGGCCUGAGCCCUUUAAUAGCCCCCUCCUCCUCCAGGCCCCUGAUUCCCACCAUGGGAAACGGCACCAUGGGAUUCCUGCAACCAAUCCCAUCUGGAGCCAUGGCUGCUGGCUUACCUCGCUCUGCGUCCCCCUACUCAUCUCCGCUAGGACUCUCUUCUGUUUUAAACACGGGCUCACCGCUGCUGGACCUAAGAUCUAGCAGCUCUGCCUCCUCGUCCCCCUCUGUGAUGUCCCCCAUGGGUCCUGUUCCCAGCGACUGGGCUGUGCCUCACGCCUCCAGACUCAAAUACAGACAGCAGUUUAACAGCUUGGAUAAGCAGAUGAUAGGAUAUCUCAUUGGUCAACAGGUGAGGGGUGCCAUGGCGACCACGAUGCUGACUCAGAUACAGCUGGCUUCCAUCUGGUGA